GCAUCAAUUUUACGUUGCCCUUGACUCCCUCCAAUUUAAUUGGUGUUUUUCAAAAGUUCUGUGCUUUUAAUCAGUGGAAAUAUUUUUUUCAAGAUUUUUUAUAUUUAUAACGAUGUUAUAGACAGUGAUUUACUAUUUGCAUCACAGUGUUUUAUAAAUUUGUUUGGCGUCACCUGACUGAACUCAUUGUCAUUUCCCGCCAUUGUGGCUCCAGUGAAAAACUACUUUUCUUUAGGAUUUUGGUGUUGUUUACAUGAAGAACUCAUAAAAAGUGAUAUUUAGUGCACCCAAGUUAUGUCAUUACACGGUAAUGACGUUUGUUUGCUAGAAGUAGAAGAUUAUAACUUGUACGAAGAAGAGGCAUCAGAUCACGCUUUUUCUAGGAGUGAUAAACAACCCACAACUGGAAGUAAGACAAUGGAGGCAGAGAAGAGAAUUCGACGGGAGAUUGCAAAUAGCAAUGAACGCAGACGUAUGCAGAGCAUCAAUGCUGGCUUUCAAGCUUUACGUACACUGCUACCUCGACAUGAAGGAGAAAAACUCAGCAAGGCUGCCAUACUACAACAAACAGCAGAAUACAUUUAUUCAUUGGAACAAGAAAAAACAAGACUUUUGUCACAAAAUUGUCAGCUUAAAAGACUAUUGAAUCAACAUGAAGGAGGUGAAAUACCACUAAAAAAGAGAAAAAGUGAAAUUAUUACACAUGUACCCUCCAUAAUACCAGACUCUACGGAUGAAGCAGCUGCAAAUUCGCGGUCACCUGAACCGGUUGCUGUUAUCACUGUAUCAAGUGUAACGCAGAAAAAAGAAGCUGACAGUAGUGAAUUACGUGCUCAAUUAGAUCGCGAGCGACGCCUUCGACGGCUACUCGAAGAUAGAUUACAGGCGCUUGAAAUUCAAAUCUAUCCAGAUGCAGCUAGUCAUGAUGUCCCACGACCUAUAAUGCAUUAUGAACAGACUAAUGUCGCUGAGUGCAAAGUGGAGAAAGAUGAAGCAGAAACUCCCAAUCCCAUUGAACAGCCGGCAGCGCCGCUUCUCGAAGCAGCUAUUAAAGCUGAACCUCGUGUUGAAGUUGAGGUCUUACCUGAAGCAUCACAUGAUCCACGUCUCUAUAUCCCAAAUACGAGUCGUCAAAAUUUAGAAACAAUUGUUGAAGCAAUUCGUCAUUUAGAAGGUGAUCAUCUAUUCCGCGAGGAAUCAGGUGAUGCACCGCUUGCUUUGACGAAGAAAGUAGAACGAGCGCCGCCCCCACGGCCCGGCGUCAUUGUAGUGAAACAUUCGUGAUUGCGUUAAACGUAAUUUAGACUUUAAACUCGUAGAUAUUUUCUCAUACGAGUACUCCUGACCCUCCUCGAAUAUAGUUUUAAAAUUUUAGUUGUUUAGUUGUAUUUUCCAAAGUGACGAAUCGAUAAGUCUGCGUCUUUUUAUUUUCUUACGCAUUGAAGUCAAAUCAGUAAUUAUAAAUUAGCAGAUUGUGUUGUCUUAUAUGACGUUGGGCGCUGUGCUUAGUUUAGUCUCAAAUGUAAAUUAUCAGUUGAAUGUUUAUUGGUUGUUAGGCCCUUGUGGUGUUGUAUGAACGAAUGGGGGAUUGACUGACUUGAGUAAGAUUAGGUGGAGAAAGAUGUGGUAAUACAAAAUGCCGCGUGCCAAUAUUGUCUCUCGACGUCUAUUGAGAAGGUAUAGGAGUUAGGUGAUCAUUAUGUUAGAGUGAAAGUUCUUAUAUAGGAAAUUAAGCUUUGUGAUAUUUUUUCCUACUACAUAAUAAAAUUGGAAAGGGUGUAAAAUAUGCAAAUCAAUAAAAUAACAACUUUAGAGAAGCAAUAAAGGGUAUGAGAUUGAUAGAAUGUAUUGUUUGUGAUGUAAAAUUAUCUUGCAGCAAUACUUGUUCAUCUGAUGGUUAUAAAAAAAUUCAAGCAUUUAUAGAAAAAUAUCUCUUACGGUAAAUUUAAUAUAAGUAGGUAAUUAUGUAGGCAUGCGGCGAACGUCACUGAUAUCUAACUCAUUUAUUAUUAAUUUUUAAUUAUUUCAUAUUAAAGUUUGACAUCUAAUAAAAAAUAAAUCAGGAACUGUAUAGGAACAUUAUUAUUGUUUAAUUUCUUCCUAAUCCAGUGUUAUUGCUAUGUUCAUAAUGCUACCCAGUGCUUAUUUUUAUGUAAUGGAUAUAAAUUAGUAAAUUAUUGGCUAUAGUGGACUGGUCACUGGUGAACACUGAAAUUUUAGAGCAUUCCAUGGUUUUGGAUUUUCUCUUAAUGUAAGGAGUUAAUAUUCAUGAGAUAUAGUUAAUUGAAACAUAAGCCGAUAUAAUAUAUUCAAUUAACUUCUUAGUGUAAUUAUGUACUGCUUGUAUUGAGCAUUCUUUCAUUGAAACAUCUAUUAGAUCAUCUCUCUGUUAAGUGUCGAUAAAUAGGAACUUUUCGUAAUAUAAGUAAUUCUGAUAUACUGUAUAACUUAUUGAACCUACUCUUAUUGAAAGUCCCCAGGCUAGGUAAAUGUAUAAUUAAAUCAGGUGAUGAUUUAAUCAUCAAUCCCUGGAGUCUAAAAAAAUUUAAGUGAGCAGUAUGUUUCACUUAUUUGCUUUUAAGAAUUUUAAAUGUGCGGAUUGAGUGUAAAUCCACCAUUAGGUAUUGUAAUUUAAUGUGCUGACUUUUUGUUGAAAUUUGAACUUGCAGUGCUUUUGUUAACAUUGUAUGUUUUAUAAGUUUUGAGUAUACCUUAUUUUAAGUUUGACUCAGUAACAGAGUGGAUUACUAUUAUUUACUUACAGGAAUAGUACUGACCCUGAGUAGUGAAUAAAAAAAUUAAGACUGAUCAUUUAUUCAUUAUUAAGUUAUGCUAGGUCGAGCCAUUAUUUGUAAUAUAACAUGUGAGUGAUUGUCUGCAUGUUAUUUAGUGAUCCGACAGUAUUGUGGAGGUGUAGAUUUAUUCAGUAAUUUUUAUACACUUUGAAACCUAUGUGGUAAUAAGUUUAUAAAACUGUUUCAUGAACAAGAGUCUCGAAAAUUAUAUUCUAUAUUAAUUCUACUUUAUUACACUUAUACUGUUGGAUCCAAAUUAUUAUGUUUUAAUUUUGAGGUACCCUGUUAAUUAUGCAUUUGUUUAAUAUUUUCGUAAUAUAAUCCACACAGAUCUGAAUGGUAUUUAUUAUUGAAUCACCAAUUAAUUGUACAAUAGAGUUUAAAGUUAUGAAUUACUACCUACUUGGCGCACUCCGUACUUUACUGUAAAGUAUGUACAGACAAGAAGUUCCCAGUUAUUCUGUGGAGUAAUAAAUAUAUAUUAUGAUUAUUAUAUGUAUAUUUCUCAUUUUUCAAAUAAUUAUUGCAACAUGAAGCAUAAAUACUAACACUUACAAUCUGUUAACUACUCUAUAAUUAAUAGUAAAACAAGACGAAAAUACUUAUCAAGUAUCUAAAUUAUUAUUGCAUAUAUAUUGGCAAUAUAUACAGAAAAUAAACAGGUUAAUUAUUUAAAAUUUUAGUUAUUAUAAAAUAAAAGAAUCUUGAAAGUUUGGGCCAUUAAAUAUAUGUAUUAUUGUACAAGUGUAAUUAUUUAUUAAAAAUGUUUAUUGUAAACGUGUGAUAAUUUAUUAAAAUUGCUUCCAGGAGUGCGCCAUCUGUAGUCAGAUGAUUAUGUAUUAGGUAGUUAUGAGCACGAAAUAAUGAUGUAAUAGUUUAAUAUUAUGUUAUUAAAUCAAUUUAGUGUUCAUUAAUUAGAUUUGUGACAGUUUUUGUUACGGGCUUUAUGUUCAGUUUGGAUUCGGUUUAUUUGUAUUUAUAACUUGGAAAUAUAGUGACAUUGGAUAUGGUUACUAUUUAAUAUUCGGGUUUCAACCGCUAUACAAUUCACUGUUAUUAUCUGCUUUUACACGUACGCUCUUUCACGCGUGAAUCAACUUUCACACAGGAAAGAAUAAGCAUGUAUAAAAAGGGAACGAGAAAGACACGCUCAUUCCCUCGUCCUACAAUCAUCCGAGCUUUAGCGCCUUUUCAUAAUCAAUAAUUAAUAUUUGUUCUGUGGAGCAAAAACAUAAUUAUAGUUAUUUAUAAAUGUUAAUCGCGUCUUAGGAAAAUAUGUGAAAUAAAGAAAUAAUUUUAUAAGAAAGUGAUAUGAUAUGAAAGAUACGUGAUUAUCACGCGCGAAAGAAUGAACACAAACAGUAGUAAAAUACAAUCACUCACGAUUGCGUGUGCUAAAUUGUACGCGCUCCUGAUCGCGCGUUAAAGAACUUGUCGUGUAAAGGCUAUUAGUUUUUGAAAAAUCCACAUUAUGUACAUUGUUGCGGAAUAGUAAUACGACGUCUGUUGAGACGCGGUAUGUUACAGAUGAGAGUAAAAUGACAAUUGUAAAUUAAAAUAACGAUCUUAUAUACAAAUUAAUAAUAGUAAAAUGUAGGAAGGGAUGACACGGUUUGUGCAGUGUUUAAUAGACAAUAUUUAGUUAUUAAUUCCAAAUAUUACAAUGGAAUAUCUAGGUAACUGUGUUUCAAAUACAUCAAUUUUGCCAGCACCAAUAAAACAUUAAGUUGCUGUAUCCAAAAAACUGUAACAAUUAAAUAAAACUUGUAAUAGCUAUAUAAUAAAUAAUAUAUGAAAUGUCAGUAGACCUACUACAUUUUAACCCACCAUUAAACAUUGGAAUGUGCAGAAAAUGAUUGGAAUGGAAGUUAAUGUAUGUAAAGUUUCCAUAAGCCUUGUUUUCUCUACAAUCCAAAAUACAACUACAUACGAUACAAAUAAAUUAUAUUUGCUCUUUUAACUAGAUAUAUUAUGUAUUUCAUCUACGUCAUAUGACUGUUAAUUCGCCACUGAAUCGGGAAUAUUUGUGAUUUCAAUAGAAAUUAAAAAUAUCACAAUUAUCCACAUAGGCAACUAAAAAAUUAUUUUUUAAUGUUUCUCGCGUACGAACAUGAUGAGCCUGGUCAUUAAUAUAGGUUCACUUAGUUAUCUAUUAUUAGUUAUAUUAUCCUGUCAAAUGAAUUUGAAUGUUUAAUUGUUAUCAGAUUUCGCAAUAAAAUCUUCGAAAUAUGGUCACGAUAUGACAUUAGAUUUCUCUUGAUUAAUUUAUACACUCUGUUCCUGAGUCCAUAGUCGUAAGGAGUUGUCUGCCUACCGCCUUUACAUUAUGUCAGUAUAGGAUAGUUUAAAAUGUAACAUAAUGGACUUGGUUAAACUAUUAGUGUAGUCAAAUAGUAAUAAGAGAUUUUAAGUCAAACAAAGCGAGUUAAAUUGUUUAAAAUGUGUUAUUAUUUAUGUCUUAAAGUAUUAAAAUGGUUAUUUCUUAUUAAUUAAUUGUAAAUGAUAAUCAUCUGUAAGCUUAGCGAACUAUUUAUAGUUCCUUGCAGAGCUAAAACCAAUAAAACAUUGAAAUCUGUUUAUUUCUAGUUAAUCCUUACAUAAAUGCAGCUUACUAUUAUUAUAUUUCGCUUCAUGUUCUUGCAAUAUUAUUCUGUUUCUAUUUUGGAUGACAUUCUUAACAAUUGUAUAUAUUUUUCUAAUCUAGAUAAAUUUUGUAGAUCGACUUGAUUAUAAAUUAGCUUUGCUUAUUUCAAAUAUAUUAAUUUGACCAAUUUUUUCAAUAUGUAAUUUAAUCAAAACACCUAAUGUAAAAGCAAAAAAUAAAUUGUAAUAAUUGCGUUCUAAUCCAUUAUUUUUAAAACUAUAAAAUCUGUUAUAAAUAUGUCGUUCUGGAAAAAAAUAAACAAAGUAAAAAUUAUAUUGGACAAAGUUGUUUUGUUAAAAUAUUGAUAUGUCUAUGAAAAUAAAGGCGUAACUUCAGUGUAGGCGUAG